AUGGCUGCACAAAUCACCCCUUCGAAGCAGGCCGCUUCCGCGAUUGAGAACUUCAAGAUGGAGUCUCCCGUAAAGAAACUCAACUUCAACGCGUCCGACAAGGAGAACCAGCCUCUCGACGAGUCCGCCAUCGCUGCCCUGGCCGACAGCAUGGAUACCAAGCAGAAGCCCAUCGAUGUGACCAACAAAGAGAAGGCGGUUGUUACUUCCACCAUCAAGCCUGAGGAGAUCGACGAGCCCCUCCUUCAAGAGAACCCCCAGCGCUUUGUUCUCUUCCCCAUCAAGUACCACGAGAUCUGGCAGAUGUACAAGAAGGCCGAGGCCUCUUUCUGGACUGCGGAGGAGAUUGAUCUGUCGAAGGAUCUUCACGAUUGGAACAACCGCCUGACUGCCGACGAACAGUUCUUCGUCUCUCACAUCUUGGCCUUCUUCGCCGCAUCUGAUGGCAUCGUCAACGAGAACCUCGUUGAAAGAUUCAGCGGCGAGGUCCAGAUCCCUGAGGCUCGCUGCUUCUACGGCUUCCAGAUCAUGAUGGAGAACAUCCACUCUGAGACCUACUCCCUACUCAUUGACACUUACAUCAAGGAGCCCUCUCAGCGCACCUACCUCUUCAACGCCAUUGAGACCAUUCCCUGCAUCCGAAAGAAGGCUGACUGGGCCAUCCGGUGGAUCCAGGACAAGGACUCGUCCUUUGCCCAGCGCCUGGUUGCCUUUGCUGCUGUUGAGGGUAUCUUCUUCAGCGGUGCCUUUGCUUCCAUCUUCUGGCUCAAGAAGCGUGGCCUCAUGCCUGGCCUGACCUUCUCCAACGAGCUGAUUUCUCGUGAUGAGGGCCUUCACACUGACUUCGCCUGCCUGCUCCACUCUCAUCUGAAGGGUCGUGCUAGCAAGAAGAUCAUCGAAGACAUCAUCACUGAUGCCGUCACCAUCGAGAAGGAGUUCCUCACCGAGGCUCUGCCCUGCGCCCUGCUCGGCAUGAACUCUGACCUCAUGAAGCAGUACAUUGAGUUCGUUGCCGAUCGUCUUCUUGUCGCUCUCGGCAACGAGAAGGUCUACAAGUCGACCAACCCCUUCGACUUCAUGGAGAACAUCUCCCUCGGUGGCAAGACCAACUUCUUCGAGAAGCGUGUCGGUGACUACCAGAAGGCCGGCGUCCUCAACAGCACCAAGAAGACCGAUGAGGAGCCCCCCAAGGGCGAGAACGGCGGUGACUUCACCUUCGAUGACGACUUCUAA